GUCCUCUCUUUCGGUGUUUUCUUCUUCUGCAAGGAACCUGAGACGUGAUCGAACAUUGGGUUUCUCUUUCGAUCUGCUGCGAGUUUCUUCGCGCUCAGAUCGUUCCAUAUCGAUCAUGGCCCCGAAUCUGCAGCUUUUGUUCUUCGUUCUCUGUUUCAAGAUCUUCACUUCCGUUGUUCUUGCGGAGACCGAUAGCCAGGACGUUUCGGCUCUAACGGACGUGUACAAGAGCUUAAACUCUCCGUCAAAACUAAAGGGAUGGACUUCUGAUGGAGGUGAUCCAUGCACCUCAUGGGACGGUAUCACUUGCAAGGGCUCGUCUGUUUCUGAAAUAAGGUUAUCAGGACUUGGACUCAGUGGAUCAUUGGGUUACCAAUUAGCCAACUUGAAAUCAGUCACUUACCUAGAUGUCAGCAAGAACAACCUUAAUGGCAAUUUACCAUAUCAGCUCCCUCAGAGUCUUGUUUAUCUAGAUCUUUCUGAGAAUGGCUUCAAUGGUAACGUGCCAUACUCGAUAUCUCUUAUGAACAGCCUCACUUAUCUAAACAUCGGUCAUAAUCAACUUAAUGGGGAACUGAGCGAUAUGUUUCAGAAGCUUCCGAAGCUUGAAACAAUUGAUAUGUCUUCCAAUCAGCUGACGGGGAAAUUACCGCAGAGUUUUGCCAAUCUUACAAGCCUCAAAACACUGCAUUUGCAAGACAAUCAGUUCAAAGGUUCCAUAAAUGCUCUCAGAGAUCUCCCUCUUGAUGAUCUAAACGUUGCAAACAACGAAUUCAGCAGUUGGAUCCCAAAUGAGCUGAAGGGCAUUGGAAAUCUUCAGACUGGAGGCAACAAAUGGUCAACAGGGGCGGCACCACCCCCACCACCAGGCACGAGACACGGUUACAGAGACUCAGGAGAUGGAGGAGGAGGAAAGAGUCUAAGCAUCGGAGUUAUAGUUACCUUAGGCUGUUUAGGGGCUCUGAUUCUUACCGCAUGCAUCAUUGCUCUUGUUUCUUGUAAACACCAUGCCCCUUCUUCGCAUUUUAUGGAUGAAGAGAAGGGCAGUAGCCACCAUGGAAGGCCUCGAUAUACUCCAAAACCAUCUCAGAUGCUACACUACGAGGCGAUGGAUGGCCGCAAAGGAGGCGAGAAGAGUGUGGAUUCUGAUGCUCCGGUUUCGUUUAAACGGAAUUCGUCAGUGAGGUUUAAGAAUUCUCCUACUCUUUAUCUGAUAACUCCAGAAGGCUCCACCAUUGAAGGUCUUACGAGCCCUGAUCAAAUGCUUCCUUCGAGCCCUGUUGAGUCAUUUUCCAUGUCAGAUUUGCAGAACGCGACCAUGGGUUUCUCUCCCAGCCGCUUUCUUGGCGAAGGGACCAUCGGUCGUGUUUAUAGGGCCAAGUAUCUCCAUGGACGGAUUUUAGCUGUGAAAGAGAUAGAUUCGUCAUUGUUAGGAAAAGGAAACCCAGAAGAGUUUUCAUCGCUGGUGUCGAACAUCUCGAGGAUUCACCACCCAAAUGUUGCAGAACUCGUGGGUUAUUGCUCAGAACAUGGACGCAACCUGCUAAUUUACGAGUAUUUCACCAGCGGAUCACUACACAGAUUUCUUCACUUGUCCGAUGAUUUCAGCAAUCCCUUAACUUGGAACACCAGAAUCCGAAUUGCUCUCGGCUCAGCCCGUGCCAUAGAGUACCUUCACGAAGUUUGUUCACCGCCGUUGGUCCACAAGAACAUCAAGUCGUCGAACAUUUUACUCGACAAUGAGCUCAAUCCACAUCUCUCAGACUAUGGAAUGGCAAACUUUCACCAUAGAACGAGUCAGAAUCUUGGAGUGGGAUACAAUGCACCUGAAUGCACAGACCCUUGUGCUUAUACGCUAAAAAGCGACAUCUACAGCUUUGGUGUGGUCAUGCUGGAGCUGCUAACUGGUCGAACUCCUUACGACAGUAAUAGGCCGAAACAAGAGCAGUCGCUGGUUCGAUGGGCAAGGGCGAGGCUUCAGGACAGGGAAGCUCUGGAUGAGAUGGUUGAUCCUUCACUCUGUGGGCUUUACUCUCCCGAAUCAGUGUCUAAAUUUUCCGAAAUAGUUUAUCUCUGCAUACAGAUGGAACCUGAGCUUCGGCCACCGAUUUCAGAAGUGGUGGAGGCACUGAAUAAGUUAGUUUGACGCCGAGUCAGAAGAAGAAACGCCGAGCAGACAACUCUUUUGAAUUUUCCAUUCACAGUUUGUACGCCGAUGCAAUGCUUUCUUGGAUGAGCUAAUAAAAAAAUCAUCGUUUUCUGGA